GUGAAAGGAGCACUUCCGGUCCCGGCAAAACCCCGCGCCGGCGGCGUUAGGUCAGCCCCGUAGGGCCUUGCUCGGAAGCUCCGCCUUCGCUCAGGUCUUUCUAGAAACCCAGCUUUGCUCCUGGCGGUGACGGACAGUUGCAGCGUCCCGGACGCGUGCGUGUGCCCUCUCCAUGGCGGAUACGACCCCGAACGGCCCCCAAGGGGCGGGCGCAGUGCAAUUCAUGAUGACCAAUAAACUGGACACAGCAAUGUGGCUUUCUCGCCUGUUCACAGUGUACUGUUCUGCUUUGUUUGUUCUGCCUCUUCUUGGGUUGCAUGAAGCAGCAAGCUUCUAUCAACGCGCUUUGCUGGCAAAUGCUCUUACCAGUGCUCUGAGGCUGCACCAGAGAUUACCGCACUUCCAGUUAAGCAGAGCAUUCCUGGCCCAAGCUUUGCUAGAGGACAGCUGCCACUACCUGCUGUAUUCACUCAUCUUUGUCAAUUCCUACCCUGUUACAAUGAGUAUUUUCCCAGUGUUGUUAUUCUCUUUGCUUCAUGCUGCCACAUACACAAAAAAGGUUCUUGAUGCAAAGGGUUCAAAUAGUUUACCUCUGCUGAGAUCCCUCUUGGAUAAAUUAAGUGCUAAUCAACAGAAUAUUCUGAAAUUCAUUGCUUGUAAUGAAAUACUCUUGAUGCCUGCUACAGUUUUUAUGCUUUUUAGCGGUCAAGGAAGUUUGCUCCAGCCUUUUAUAUACUAUAGAUUUCUUACUCUCCGAUACUCUUCUCGAAGAAAUCCAUAUUGUCGGACCUUGUUUAAUGAAUUGAGGAUUAUUGUUGAACAUAUAAUAAUGAAACCUGCUUGCCCUCUGUUUGUGAGAAGACUUUGUCUCCAGAGCAUUGCCUUUAUAAGCAGAUUGGCACCAACAGUUGCGUAGUUUAAUAUCCAGCUAAGUUAUAUAUGAUAUAAGUAAGCAUUAUUAGCAGCUGGUACUUCUGCCAGGGGUUGUGAAUUCCAGGUGUGAAACUGACCUCAAUCCAACUUACAUAAUUUACAUAAAUGCAUCUUAACGGAAAAAUAAUAUUUUCCUGGCAUGUUAAAUCAAGCCUUUAUAAAAAAAGUUUCCAAGAAAAUUCUGUGUUGUGUUGUUAAUGGUUAAGGAAGUUUGUGUUUUGUAAUAAAUGUAUCACAUUUUUUUUAGAUGCUACUGUGCCUUUAUCAUGUACAUUUAUUUCUUUUGUGAAAAUAGUUCUAAAAUUUGUUUCAACCUAAUUGGUAAUCUGAAUUUAUUUAUAUCUGGCAUUAGUUCAUUAUGGUAAAUUUACAUAUUCAGUAUAUUUUGAGACAGUAUUCUUUUGCCAUUUAUGAAUUUUGGUUGAUGAUUUUAACAGAAGCAUUUCCCACUGUAUUUGGUUUCAAAUUGUCAUUAAAUUGAUUUUGUGCUGCUUUGUUAGGACAGAUUUAUUUUGGAUGUGCCAUUAUAAGAUGAGUUCUGUAUGUGUCUUACACUAUGACCUAAAAUUUUAUUUCCAUAAUUCUGUGGAUUUGAAUAUUUUUUUAAAAGGCUCAACUAUAAGCUUACUAGUCAAUUAAGUAAAUAUCUGGAAUUACCUAACCAUUUUACAUCAGAGAGCAGUAGUCCUACAACUUUCCUUUCAGACCCACUGAGUAACAUUUCUCAGACAGGAAAUCCUUUUACAGUGUGGACACGUAGGUUAUUAGUAUAGUUUUAGAAUUGCCUAGAUCAGAUUCUUGACUACCAACUUUCUCUGUUUCUUAGGCUUGAAUUUUCAUGGACAGUUGCAGCAGUGCAGGUACCUUUUGAAAAGAAUAUAACUGAAGAUCAUAUCACUGAUACUUAGUGUCUGUUCUGAAAUAAUAAUGAAGACUAUCCCGUAGAUUAUAUACCCAGCAAAUCGUAUUGAAAGGUUAAAUGGAAAGGUUUAUGGGUAAGGUGAUUGAUUGGGAAUGGUGCCUGAGGAGGCAUUUUGGGAGAAUAGUGUACAUUUCAGUUUCAUGCUGGAUAAAUAAAAUUGGGGGAAUUAGAUGUAUUAUGCAACUGUGACUUGAGUUGUGUAAUAUGUUAAAUCCUACUUGUUGAGCUUCUAUCAACUCUAUAAAAUUUAUUUUGAUCUUUACUGUUACAUGAUUGGAAAUGUGUAAAAUGUUGCAAAAAUUUUAGUACAGAAUAAUGUAAUGGUUUUUGUAACCAAUUUUCUUCUGUCUGCAUGUAAUAUGGAUUCUUCAAAUACAUUCAUUGGUAACUUAUUAGUAACAUCAGGUUUUUUGUUCAACUUUCAGAUCUAUAGAAAUGUGAUAUCUAUUUGAUAGCUCAACCAUAACCAGCUCUUUUUGUAAUAUUUUUCUACUAAGUUAGAGAAGCAGCCUCAUAAUAUACAGUUGAUUUUGUGUGUAUACGUGUUUGUGGCUAGCCUCAUUAUCACUAUAUAUGUAAUCUGAUGAUUUCAAGAACUAAAUUUUCUAGAGCAAUAAAGUGACUAUAAUGUUAAGUGAACAGUAUAUUAUUGAUUUCUAAUGAGUUUUUAAAAAUUAUAUCUUGAAUUAAAUCAAGAAAUUUUGGCAGUGAAGGCAUAUUUAUUUUUAAGUUUAGUUUUUUUUGUUUUUUGCAAUUUUUAAAUCUUGAGAUACUUUUAGAUCUAUAGAAGAAUUGCAAAAAUAAUACAGAGAGUUCCUAUAUAUCCUUUACUUCCCCUUAUGUUAACAUCUUAUAUAACUAUACAACAUUUUAUCAAAAUUAUGAAAUUAACCCUGGAUAACAUUGUUAACUAAAGUAUAGAACCUAUUCAGGUUUCACCAGUUUUUACAUUUGUUAAUAUUCUUUUUGCUCUGUUUUUACCAUGGUUAUUAUGGUUUACUUUUAAUGCCCUUUAAGUGUGCCUCUUGUUUUGAGUUUUUCUUUUUUAUUUAUUUAUUUGUAUUGUUGAGGGUAUUACAGAUGUUCCCUAGUUUCUCCUCUUUUGCCCCUGAGUUUUUCUUUUGAAAAUUACUGUUGGUCAAAAAGAUUUUCUAAGGAAAAGAAUUCAUGUUGAUUUUAACAAAAAGAAAGUGAACAUUUAGACCCUUCAAGGCUUUCUAUCAAAAACAGGAUUGUAUUUCUGACAUGCUCAUGUUUGACUUAAAGGAAGGCUUGAUUUAUAAAUAAAACAUUUCUAUACUCAUGCCAAAGUAAAUUUUACAAUUUGAACAUUACCAGAUGUUCAGUUUGCAUGAAAUUCUAUGGUAUGAAAACGUACAACCGGCUGAUAACAGCAUUUGAAAUUAGAGUGUAACGUAUACCUAUUAAAUCAAAAUUAAGGAAACACAAUAGCAGUAUAUAAAAUGAAUGCAGUAGAAAAAAUAGCAGUAUACCUGAACUUAUUUCUACUAACAGGUUUUUAAAAAGUUGAUUUAACAUCCAAAAUAGCGAAUUCUUUAAGAGGUGGUACAGUGCUGCUGUUUUUCUAGCAUUUUUAGAUAUUACAUCCUUUCAGACAGGUGGAAGCAUCAUACAAAACCUGCUUUAUCUAGCAACAAGUCUACAUUCCUUUUCUCUGCUUGAUCCCUCAUAAAUUUAAACUCUAACAUCAUUCCAAAGAGAAAUUUCUUAAAUAACAAUUUGUAGUUAAAGUUACUUGGAAUAAAGUGACCAAGGUAGAUGCUCCUGGAAGUAAGCAAGAAUGAAAGCUAGCUUUUAUUUUUUUAUUUAGAUAUUUAAGAACCUCCCUUACAGGAAAAAUCAAGGCAUGUUAAUAUUAGACCAGAAGUUAUUAAAGAUUCAUGAGGUCUUGUAUAACAAAGAAUUAUAAAGCUGUCAGAAUACUUCCUUUCUUCCUAAAAGUCAGGAUCACAAAUUCAGAAUAAAGUUUGUAAAUUCAGAUUAAGUUUGUAAGUUUAGGACAUAAAUAUUAUUCAUCUGGAAAAAGAAAAUGAGUAUAUGUAAUAAGAUAAGUAAACUGGUUUAGUUUUUUUAAAGUUUGCUAUCAGAACAAAUGAAAUUAAUUUUGAGGGAUUGUGGGACUUAUUUUUAUUAAUAUAGUUAUUCUAAAGCUUCUUCCCUACCCAAAUCCCCUUAAGAUCUGCUAGCAUCAACGCUAUUACCCAGAUUUAGAUUAACUUUGCUACCUAUUUUGUCCAAAACCUCAAGGGAGAAAAUAAUUACAGAUAGUUAUGAAAAUAAUUACAGACGGGUAAUUACAGAUCAGUAGGUGGCACUCUUUCCUCAAGUAGCCUCCGUUUCACAGGCCCUGUUGGAAGGUUAAAAGCCACUAAAAGGGCUGAGUCAGCCAUAAAACGAAGGAUCUUAAUCCCAUGACCUUUUAAAAUAUGUAAUUACUCAAUAUUCAACCAAUAUUUAGCAAGCAUUUAUUCUGAAUACAUUUUUUAAAUAUUGAAAUGCUCAAAAGCUGAAAGAAGUAUCCUGCUAAUACAUGCUUUCUAGGUAAAUAGUAAAAUAGGCCACAAUUAUGAGUGAUAUUAUGCAGAUCAUGGUCUCUCUUUUUUUAAAAUUUCAUUGUAAGUUUCUACAUCACCUAAACACAUCAAUUAUAAAAUUGUUCUUUCGCCUUCAUUUUCAGGUGUGUAGAAUAAUGGUAAAUAAAUUUUUUUCAUGAUCAUUUUGUAGGUACACAAGGUUAUAGGCAGUUCAGUGUCUUAAAAUUUAAACUUUCAUAGAAAUACAAAUGCAUAAUGAAAUAUUUGGAUAUUGUAUUAGGAAUGGUACCUAGCCCUAGCUGGUUUAGCUUAGUGGAUAGAGCGUGGGCCUGCGGAUUGAAGGGUCCUGGGUUCGAUUCCGGUAAAGGGUACAUGCCUGGGUUGUGGGCUCAAUCCCCAAUGGGGGCCAUGCAGAAUGCAGCCAAUCAAUGAUUCUCUCUCAUCAUUGAUGUUUAUCUCUCCCUCCCUCUCCCUCUCUGAAAUCAAUAAAAAUAUAUUUAAAAAAAAAAUUUUUUUUUUUAAGGAAUGGUACCUAGACUUGUAAAUUCACUUUGAGUUGCAGAGACAACUGGUUUCUCUUAACACCUCAUUGGAAUUUCUCUAGGAUUAGGAGAAUUCUACAGAGGCUUAAUGAUAGGGUAGCUCAACAGAUAGUAUACAAAAACAUGUUUAUAUCCAGGGGUUAUUUUCAGAGAUUGUUUUAAUGAGCAUUCCUCUUAUAAUAUUCCAGGUGGGGAGUUGUUAUGGGAUCUGAAAUUAAGGAUAAGAAAGGAGCUGCUAAAAUUUUGGGAGGUGACUUGGGGUGAACACUACAAUAUACAGAUGAUAUAUUAUAGAAUUGUACACCUGAAACCUAUAUAAUUUUAUUAACCAGUGUCACUCAAAUAAAUUCAGUUUAAAAAAUUUGGGCAGGGGAGGUUUCCUGACAGUAGGAGUCAUUCUAAGUAGGACAUGUUUUCCUCCUAAAGUGACAUUCGAGUGGGUUCUUAAACACACUCCUGUGUGAGGGAUUCACUUAAGUGGCCUUUCUCUCUUUGUGUAGUGCAAAUAGGAAAACCGACCUGCGUUGACUUUUAGAUAAUGUGAGAAGAGAAUAAAGUACGGUAUUUUUUUAAAUCUAAAGUAGAUUAUUUUUCUUAGAAAGUGAUGGUAAAAAAUUAUUGAUGGAUAUCUUUGCUGGAAUCUAAAAAAUAGCUCAUAUUCCAGGACAAAAGGGCCCCAAAAUCAUUUCACUUUUUCCUUCCUAGCCUUCUGAAGCUACUUUUUCGAUGUGUUCAGCAUUUUUUAAACAUUUUUUUCUUGGUUCAUGACAGUUUAGCUCCAAACUUGGACUAUAGUUUUAUAACUUUAAAAUAAAACAAUUGCUUUUGACAUGAAUUUUUGCAUACAUACAUAAGUUAGACCAAAUGGGCAAAGUCUUGGGCAGGUAACAUUUGUGAUGUGUUAUAUUGGAAGAAAUGUUAAAGGGUCGCAAAGAUUAGAGUCAUAAAAAAACCUGCUUGAUUUAUAAAUGCAUUACUUCUGGUGCUCUAUAUAAUGGGAUAUAUUGAACUAAAAAUUUGUAUAAAUGAUAUGUCAGCAUUUCUUAGUAACUUCUUGAAUCCAUUUUUAAUAUCUAAUAUUGUACAGGUUGGGGAGUUAUACUUUUCAGGCCAAUACUAUCCAGACUGUAUAAAUUUAUAAAAUAAAUUGAAAAAUUCAUCAUUCCCUGGUAUUCAAGACCAAAGCACAUAAAUGCUAAUGUAGGGCUCAGAGGGGAAAUAUAUUUCUCCUGAAUAUUUGAGAAAAUGUGAAGUCCUUUCAGGAAAAUCUAAUAAACAUAAUAAUCAUAGCCUGCUGACACUAAGGAAAAAGGACCUCAUUUGCUCUUUCUUUUAUGCAGCGAUUUGCUGGUCCCUACUGAUUUCCAAAUUGGAUCACGGUAGUAAAUUAUCUAUGCUGGUACCUGUGAAAGUAAGCCCUGGGAUCCACAUUUGUUGUGUGUUCUGCUUAAAUCAGCAAGAAUGAUAAAUUUGCUGGUGUGGAAUUGGAAGUGUCAAGGGCUUUCUCUGGUGAUUGAGCAAAAUAAUGUCUCCACUUGUAAUUUAUUGUGCCCCUUUUUCACUGUAUGUUCUUUGUAUAUCUAAUAUUUAUUUCAGUACAAAUUAAAUUGUUGUUCCUUCAUCUGUAUUGUUAUAUCUAAGAUUUUAUUGAUGUAAAAAUCAAAUUGUGUAAUAAAAACCUCUCUGGAUUUAA